GCUCGGGCAGCCUCGGCGGCGGGGCGGUGGCGGGCGCCGGCUCCUCCCGCCCCUUUCUCCCACAGCUUCCCCGCCCCGCCCCGCCCCGCGCCUCAGCCGCGCCGGCCGCUGUCAGCUCCCUCAGAGUCCGGCAGAGCUGCGGUGUAUGCUUAGCCGCUGCGGGCGCCGGCUGCAACACGUCCUAGGCCUUGGCUUCUCUUUCCUGAGCCGCCGGCCGCUUCUCCUCUGCCCUUCCCGCCUCAUGAAGCCGCUGGUAGUGUUUGUCCUUGGCGGCCCCGGCGCCGGCAAGGGGACCCAGUGCGCCCGGAUCGUCGAGAAAUAUGGCUACACACACCUUUCUGCAGGAGAACUUCUUCGUGAUGAGAGGAAGAAUCCAGAUUCACAAUAUGGUGAACUGAUUGAAAAGUACAUUAAAGACGGAAAGAUUGUGCCAGUUGAGAUAACCAUCAGUUUAUUAAAGAGGGAAAUGGAUAAGACGAUGGCUGUCAGUGCUCAGAAGAAUAAAUUCUUGAUUGAUGGGUUUCCGAGAAAUGAAGACAACCUUCAAGGUUGGAACAAGACCAUGGAUGGGAAGGCUGAUGUAUCUUUCGUUCUGUUUUUUGACUGUGAUAAUGAGAUCUGUAUUGAACGAUGUCUUGAGAGGGGAAAGAGUAGUGGUAGGAGUGAUGACAACAGAGAGAGCUUGGAAAAGAGAAUCCAGACCUAUCUUCAGUCAACAAAGCCAAUUAUUGACUUAUAUGAAGAAAUGGGGAAAGUCAGGAAAAUAGAUGCUUCUAAAUCUGUUGAUGAAGUUUUUGAUGAAGUUGUGAAGGUUUUUGACAAGGAAGCCUAAUUAAUUCAAAGCCUGAAAACAUCCUUAAAAUCAUGCUUGAAUAUUGCUUUGAUAGCUGCUAUCACACCCCUUUUUAAGACAAUUUUAAUCUUUCAUAACUACAUCUCAAUUAAUGGCUGGAAAGUAUAUAGCAAGACAUUAAUUUUUUAUGUCCUUUUUUUUUUGGUCACAGGAAUACACAGUAAAUUCAGCUUUAACUUCCAUCCUAGUUAUGGUGCUCACAAAACAAAGAAGGAUAUCAGCUAGUUCUUUGUUUUUAUUAAAAAAGAAUAUCCCUUUUAUAGUUUGUGCCUUCUGUGAGCAACACCUUUUAAUAUUAGAUCCUUUUAUUAAUUACAGUAUGUUAAGGUUAGGGAGAGCCACUUCCUCUUUUUCUUGUAAGUUUUAAAUUUCCAAGCUGAGGUGAAUUUGUGGACCAAAUUUCAAAGGAACUUUUGUGUAGUCAGUUCUUGCACAAUAUGUUUGGUAAACAAACUCAUAAAAUGGAUUAUUAGCAGUGUUUUAAUAUUUAUCAAAUAACUGACCAUUUCCUAUAGAAAGGUAAAAAAAAAAGCUUAGGCUUUGUUAAUUUACUACAUUUUGUAGAAAGUUGUAUGACAGGGCAUAUUCUUUGUUUCUAAGGUUUGGGUUGGGGGAUGUGGGGGUUCAGAGCCUGGGAGAAUUGUCAGCUUCAUUCUGACAUAAUCUGAGGGGAUGGGGCAAGGAUCCCAUGUAAUAGCUUGUGUUCCUCAUACUCUGUUAGAUAGUGUUAUUCAUGCUUCAGUUGAUCUUAAUAAAAUCCCUAGCAGUGGAACCUUGAAAUGCAUGUGUUAGAUUUAUGCUAAAAUGAUUUGGUCAACAUUUUAGUAACACUUCAAUUUUUUUUGUUUGUUUUCUAGAUAAAUACAAGGUUAGCAUAAAUAAGAGCAAUUUAAUAGUUAAAUUUCCCAUUUGUAUUUAAUUUUUUGAAUAUUAUUUUAAUAUUUGUUUAAGAAGAUUUAAAAAUCCUUGCACUUUGGUCAGAAAAAUAAUAAAUAUAUCCUAUAAAUGUUUGGCUAUUUUUAUUCAGUAAAUUCUUUUUUUUUUUUUUGUCAUCAUGUUGAAGCAUUAAAAAAGAAUUUUUUUAAAGGUCCAAAGGAAUAUUCUUUUACAUCCAUUUUUCCUGUAUAAAUCUCUGAUAAUUUUUUUCUCGUUUCUUUUCCUUCUAUCCCUAAUGCUAAGUGGUAUCCAAGGUUCUUAAUAUGAGAUUUCUUAAAAUGUUUCUCAUUUUUGGCAUUUACACUGUUUGGUACACAGGGUUAAAUAGGGCAAGGAACUUUGUUGUUGUAUAAUUAGAUUUGCUAUUUAAAGUCCUAGGGAAUAGUGAGGACAAGUUAAUGGAUGUUUUAUAUUGUAAUAGAAUCAGCUAUUUCUAUGUGUUAUGAAAUUCACUUAAGUUUUUCAACAUACUUGCCAUUAGAAAACGAAGUAUCACUAAGUACUGUAACAUACUGGCCACCAGAAUUUGUAUUGAGAUUAUCUUGGUUUCUUUAGAAGACAUUGUAGUGAGUUCUUAGCUAGUGUUUUAGUCCAGCCAGUAAGGAAGUGACUUAAUCAAACAGGUCUAGUUUUACAUGGAUGGAGCUGGAAAAUAUUCUUCUUAGUAAAGUAUCUCAGGAAUGGGGGGAAAAAAAUCCAAUGUACUCAGUACUACUGUGAAACCAAUUUAUAAUCACUCACACUUGGCAUAUGAAAAAUGAAACACAACUAUAGCCUCCAAUGACAGAGGGAAAGGGAGGGAGAUGGGCAGGGAGGGGGAUGGGCCAAUAGAGGGAGGGUUAGUAGGGGGACCACACCUAUGGAGCAUAUUGCAAGUACAAGUUGGAUCUAUCAGGUGUAGAACACAAAUGUCUUAAUGCGGUAAUUGGGUAAAUGAAGGUGAAGGCUGUGUUGAUUAGUAGGAUGUAAGCACUCCAAUUUGCACAAAUAACACAUUGAAUCCCAUAAUGGCAUAAAUGUAUUUAUGAUCUAUGUACAAAUGACUGAAUAAAAAAAAAAAAACAGGUCUAGUAUGAAGCAAGAGUAAAGGACUAAGGUUUUGAGAGCAUUCUUACAUAAGUGAAGAAAUCUGUCAGAUGAGAAUCUAAAUAUUUAUACUGCUAUUGAAAGUAACCUUAAAGUUUUGAAGAAGACUGUUGAGACUAGGUGCUUUACUUCCUUUCAUCAGAUAUCUUUCUUUGGCAUUUGAAAACAGAAACCAAGAAACAUUAUAAUUACUAAAUUAUGAGGCUUUGCUUUUUGUUUUCUUUUAAGUAGAAAAACAUGUUGGCAAUACUGAAUUUUGGAGUGGAUUGGGAUACAUCUGACUUUACUAGUUUGAUCAUUCCAUUUGUUAAAGAUACAGUCACUAAGAAGUUUUUGAGUAUUUUGAAAGACCCUAAUUUGAGCCUUGCUUUUUUAAAUGAACAUUAUUUCCGUUCAGUGAUGUUGGAUAUGUAUGAAUUACUUGGUAAAUAAUCUCAAUAAAUUUUGUGCUGUGGCCUUUGCUA